AGGAUUUCUGACAAGCGAAUGGCAGUCUAUAUGGAAUCCUUGGUUUGUAAACCAGUCAUUAGCGCUGCUCCUAGUGACCGCUGUCACAUACAAUGUCGUUACAAGAAGAAUCAUACAUCAAGUUAAAUCCGACAGUACUGGCGCCUGAGCCAUGUGGUCGAGUACGACGAAUCGGGAACAACUCUCGAAAUACGAGCGAUCUCGUCUUCAAAUUUGGAGGAGUUAUGGAUGACAAACAUCGCUACGAGACGGAUGUAGCCACAGCCGAAAAACUGAGACAGAAGGACAGCGAAGAGAAGAAGGCACGGAGGAUACAAGUGAAGCGCAAUUGGCUAUCUGACCUUGAAACUGCACGAUGGGAUCGCAUGGCUGCUGAGACUGAGAGAAUAGAAACAUUGAGAGAACAAAAGCGUGCAACAACGAGAGUUGGCAAAAACAGUUCAGGAUACAAUCCUAUCACGUUACACUAUCUGAAUUCUCCCGAAGGCACGAUUUUGGCUGCUGAGGAUGCGAGAGCUAUGUAUAAAACCGGCGCGCGAGCAACAAAGCUGUAUUUUAAAAACAAUACCUUUGAUCCACUCCGUUGCGAAGAUAUUGUCCCCAAUCCACCUGUCAAGCCAAAACAGAAACCACGAGAUAUUACGGAUGCUAUCCGACAUAUCGUACCACUUGCGCCGUCUGCGUUCCGGGAGGGCGCCGAAACGGCAAUUGCGAAUAUUGCUGGCGAUAGAUCUGUUGCGGGUGGCAGGGUAAAGCAAGGAGGACGACGACGAGGAGGCUAUUGAUAGUUGACUGUAUGUACAUGCCCUUUGUAUUGCAACGUAGAAUAGGUAUUCCUGUUGUGGACGACAUCAUCAGCCAAUCCACAAACACAUUCAAAAUAAAUUUUGGAUAUAUUACUAUUAUACA